AUGGAGGACAAGCGAGGACGAACAGCGCUUCAUUGGAGCGUUCAAAACGCAAACGAGGACAUUGUUGCCCUCUUGCUUGCCGAAGGCGCUUCUCCCAACACUGUCAAUGGCUUCCAAAAUACCAACUCGUCCCAAGAAGACCUAUCGACGCGAAGGGGAUUGCCAUCGAGUGAAAAAUCGCUGGGACUCGAGCUUGCAAUGUCACUGCUUGAGAAUUUUGAAGGCAAGACUGCCCUCCAAAUGGCUCUGCUUCGCGGACAGGAAUUUUCUGCGACAUGCAUUCUCUUCCAAAUGGCGAGGUUCAACGUGUCAGGAAGCUUUGAAUCAAGUGCUCUAGAGAUUAUGGAAAGGUGGCCCAAUGACAGAAAUUCCCAUAAUGGGUACGUUCUUUGCUGGGCAGCUAGAAAUGGGUUUAAGAAACUUGUGACUUUCAUUCUCAAUGCCGGGAAAUAUUCGUUCAGCCCCCCUAUUUAUAUCGCUGGCCGAACAGCCCUCCAAGCCGCAGCAGAACAGGGCCAUCUUGAAAUAGCAAAGCUGCUACUUUCCUAUGGAGCAGCAACCGAUGACGCGCCUUAUGGUCCCCAUGGCCGAACAGCCCUUCAAGCUGCAGCAGGUCAGGGCCAUAUUGAAAUGUUAAACUUGCUUCUUUCCUAUGGAGCAGAAAUCAAUGCUUCGCCUGGAUCUACCGACGGUCGAACAGCCAUUCAAGCCGCAGCAGAGCAAGGCCAUAUUGAAAUGGUAAAGCUGCUUCUUUUCUAUAGCGCAGAAAUCAACGCCCAGCCUGCAAGUUUCCGUGGUCGAACAGCCGUUCAAGCCGCAGCAGAGCAGGGCUAUCUUGAAAUGGUAAAGCUGCUUCUUUUAUACGGAGCAGACAUCAAUGCCUCGCCUGGACUUAACUAUGGUCGGACAGCCAUUCAAGUCGCAGCAGAGCAGGGCCAUCUUGAAAUGGCAAUGCUGCUUCUUUCCCAUGGAGCAGAAAUCAACGCCUCGCCUGGACCUACCAAUGGUCUAACCGCCCUUCGGGCCGCAACAGGGCGGAGCCAUUUCGAAAUGGUAAAGCUGCUUGUUUCGCAUGGAGCUGAAAACAAAUAA